GUAGAACUUUGGACUUGCUGUUUUGCUUUGAGGUGGACGUACUAGUGUGUUCGCAAAAUUAUGUUAUUUCUCUUUUGAUCUUACCUCUUCUUCAAAUUAUAUGGGAAGAAAUUUACCGAAACGACCCAAAAAUUGUUUAUAAAUUGUAUGACAUGCAUGCUAUCGAGCGUAGAAGAUAAUUUAUCUGGAAGCUACUACUUCCAAUGUGACAAAAUUUAGCUACAUGGCCGCGACUGGGUUGAGCGUGAAUUUAGAACCAGGUAUGAUCAUGCAGAGAAUAUUAUUUAUUUAUUUGAAAUUCAUGUUUUUCUUUGGUUCUUAUCAUGUUUAUUUUGGUAACGUGGCGCGGUUGUGGGAGAAAAACAAGGGUAUUUACGAGUGAAUCUUCGUGAUUUUUGUUCUGCACGACUGUCUCUCUCAUAUUGACUUUGUGAGAUAAAAUAUCUUAUUUUGUUUUUCAGCAAAAGGGACCAGCUCUUAUAAAGUAGCAAUGGUUAAUGCAUCAGCCAAGCCAAAGAGCAAACCUGCACCUUUAGAUGUAAGUGAAAAUGGUCGAUAGCAAAUGCGGAAAGUGAGCGUGUGGACUCCAAAAUUCCAGGAAUAUCUUUCCGGGUUCAGGAGUAACCUUAUAUCGAUCAAAUCAUGUAAUAUCGCUUCAAACAUUAAAGGGGCAGAAAUUGCAGUCUGGCGGAAUAACAUAAUAACACAGAUUUGUUUGGUGAACAAUACCGUGUUAAAUGUUUUUGGCUGUACAUUUUGUACUAGCUUGUGUGUACUUGAUUUACAAAAAUUAAGGUCAGUGUUUUGGUCACUUGAAAGCGAGCAAUUCCUAGAUGAGUUAAUGAUUCUUAUUCAUUAUAGGUCAAUCCUCGCAAAGUAUGUUUAUGUAAUUUUCUUUUUUUUUUUUAGAUCUCACCUGAGGUAUUUUUGCUAUUUAUCACUAAUACCCUUGGUGGAAAGUGAAAUUUCAUUCAUUCAUUCCUCCUUUCAAAUGAAAUUGUGUCAAAACUGCAAGAUCAAAGUUUGCAACACUUUGAAGUUCUGGAACAAAGUGUAAUUAAUUUACUGUGGGCAACUUGGCCUAUAACUGAUAAGUCCUGGAUUUGUAAUAAAACGGGAAAUGCCAAAAAUAGAUUUCGACAGCAAGAAAACUGUAUUUCCUUUUUUCUGUUUUUUUGUUGUUGUUGUUUUUAGAAGGAACUCCCAAUGCAAAAAGGAUGUGCAAAAAACCAUUUAAAAACCGUUCUCAUGAACAAUGGUCUGUCAUGUUCAUCUUGAUUGGCAGAAAAAUGAGAACAUUGUUCAAUGUCUUAAUUGAAAAUCACCUUUAGGACAGAUUUCUCAGUGUUAAAAAUUAGUUUUUGGAUUUCACAAUGUAUUGCAAAAUUUAAGAUCUUAAUUUUUAAAAUCUAAUCCAGAUUUCCGAAUUAAAAGCAGCCAUGGUGCCUCGACUUGAGAAAGUGAUUUUGGUUUUGUGUAGGGGUGUUUGCAAAUUGUCACAAAUCUUGUGUUAUUAUUUUGUUGGUUCAAUUUUGUGCUGAUCUUAAAUCGUGUAAAAUAUCAAUUCCCAUGAUAAAUUAAUCUCCAAGUUGAUUUGUAAUGCAUAUCCCAGAGAUGCAAAUGUAACAGUUGGUCAUCAGACAAUGUCCAACUAAAUUUUGCUUUAUGUCUGACAAAUCCUACUACUUGUGGUCAGACAUGAUGAAUGGAGAAUUCAGAAUAAUACAAAGGACUGUGAUUUUGAAGCAAAACAAUUUUGCAUGGUAGGAUUCAUACUAAAUUGAUGUAGAGUUGGGGGGCUAUGAUGAUUUUAGUUUUUCCCAUGCAAUUCUUGGAAGCCGCCCCCCUGUUAUUUGGUUUUUUUUUUUUCCUGGCUCUCCUUGUUCCAUAUCCUACAAGUUCUAAAGGCAAAAUACAUGACCCCCAUCUUCCACCUCCAUCCCUACUUAAAAACCGCAGAGACCAAAACAAGGCAUUUUACUCAUAAAAUUUAACCACAAUAUGACAAUUGUUUAACAGGUAAAAAAACUGAUUGUCAGACUGAUAAGCAUUGUCCACCUUCCCUACCAAUAGGAUUAUAAGCUAUAUAGACUAUCUGUAAUCUGAAAGCUUGUAUCAAUCCUAAUGAAGCUAAAGAAUUAUACCUCUUAUACAGAGAGGGUACCAUACCAUUGCGUGUGAGUUUUUCUUUGAGGUAUAGAUGAUACUCUUGCUUGAAUGCCUAGCACUGAUGCUACUGCUCACUUUUCUGACUAUGCUGAAUGGUCUACACCUGAGCCUGAAGGUUACAAUAGAACUUGCCGCUGAUAAUAAGAUCCCUUUCACUGGAAUUGAGAUGAUUAAGAAUGGAAUAGACCUUGAAACCCGUGUUUACAGAAAGCCGGUCAACACUGCUCUGCUCUUGCAUUUUCAAAGCCAUGUAGACAAACAUUACAGAACCUGUUUAUUAAAGACCAUGUUACAUCGGGCCUAUGCCCUGUCAUCUAGGACAGAAGCCUUCUAAUGAGGAAUGUGCCAAGUUAUGCCCUAUCUUCUGCCUACUUAAUUAUCCAAUUGGCUUCAUAAAUUCCACCAUUAACAUCUUUGUUCAAAAUAUUACAACUAAGCCAGAAAUGAAAACCAAAUAGUUUUCAUGCAAUUUUUUAUAGCUAAAUUAUUAGUUAAAAAGUAUCAAUCAUUGUGUUAUUAUUAAUUAUAAUAUGCUGUUAAUGACACUUGGCUGUUAUUGUUUUGUUGUCAGAUGCCUCGUACACAGUCCUUUACAUCAGCAGAUAAGGAGAAGAAUCCUUCAACACCACGAGCCAAGAUAGGCCAUCGUCGAGUUGAUGAAACUGGAGAAACAACUUACAAAAAGGUAAGUUAACUUGGGCAGCAUAUUGUGGUAUGAAGCAUACAGGGACAAGAAAAAAUAGUUUUGAGGCCUGUCCCCCUUUUCUUAGUGUCUUGAUGAACAGGCAUCCCAUUGAUGAUCCGAAUAGACUGUCACUGUUACUAGGCACAGCAUUACAUUAAUCAGAGUAUUUAUCAGUAACACCUAUUACCUUAUCAUAGGAAAUUAACGCUUCAUGGAAUUAACGUGGAUUUCAAAAAUUCAUGUUAAUUAAAGUUGCUUUAAUUUUUGUGAACAUUACUUUCCGUGCCAUUAAUUAAUGGAGCGUUAAUUUCUGCUACCUUUAUUUCCAGUAUUUCAGUCUGAAAUUCUUGAUACACUUUUGACAUUCUUGAUGUGUUCCUAAGGAAUAGAAGUAUUUUAUCAAGGUGGAGAUCCAGCAGUAACAAUGAACUGUGAAGAACCCUCGAAGUGGUCAAAUUUCUUUGGUUGACCCCUUUCAUACGCUUAGGGAAAGUACCACAAAAAAGUUUCCAUUUUGGAUUAUAUGUUUGUCUUUGUUCCUUUUAUCUCAACAAGUUUUGUUUCUUUGUGACUGUCGCAUUAAAGGGCAUCCCUUCAUUAUGAAAUGUUACCCUUCUCUUUUGCAUUAAUUUCCUUUACUUGAAAGUCACGUGCCAUUAAUUCACAUUGAUUAAGUCACGUUAUUUCCAAUGCCUUUUGUUUCAUGGAGCGUUAAUUUCCUAUAAUAAGGUAAGUUAAUUAGAAUCUCACUACAGAUUUGUCCAAUUUCAUUUAAUACUUAAGUAUGGUAAUGUUUAUAGUGUUUAUUACUGGUCAGCAUAAUAUGGUGAUAUUGUAUUCACAAUAUUUUUGUUUGUUUGUUUGUUUUAUUUUAGACUCCUUCAUCAGCUCUUAUGUCAGCUAUUCAACUAGGGAUUGGAUAUACAGUGAGUUCCUCUGCAUGAGCCAAAAAUAGCUUUUUAGGUUUACAGACUGUAAUUAUGAGUACUUGACUGGCAUAUAAGCACACCUGCUGGCUGUAGAGUGUUUCAGAAAUUCAAAUACAAGUUCAUUCUACACCCAAGGUGUACUAUCUUUAUAUUUUUUAUUGGUAAAUCGUGAACAAGAAGUCUCUAACACUUGCUAGUGAGUGCCCUGUAUUGUUUAGAAGAACAGUGGUAGCAUCAGAAAAAAAGAUAAUAUGUUUUAUGUCUAACCAACAACAUAGUUUAAUGAAAAUACUAUGCGUAACUCAAAGGCAAGGUUAUACAAUUAUAGGUUAAUUCAUAAAAUCUAUGGUUGCUGUGGGAGCCAAAACCAGUUAUGAAAAGGCACGCAUUAUAGGUACUAUGCUUUUGGUCAACAGUUAUGCAUGGCAUACAGAUAUUUCCAGCAAAACAAAUUUGCAGACCUGUUGCUAUUGAAUUGGUGAUUUUGUCACCCUAUAAACAUCCACAGCCCUAGGUAGUUUUUAUUAGGUUUAAUUUUAGUCAGGUAAUUGGAAAGGGAUUUUAUGUGCUGUGAAAAACUUUUCUUUGUUGUUUUACAUUGAAGGUUGGAAGGUUAUCAGCCAAACCUGACCGUGAUGUUUUGAUGCAGGAUUUUGCUGAAGUUGAAACUGUCUCAUUUCCAAGGUGAUUGUGUAUUUUGUAGUUUUGUUUUUCAAGUAUGAUGUAACUGUUUAUACUGUAGCUGUGAUUAUGUAGCAAUCAACUCUUUUUAACCCAUACACCCUUGAACUGCCUGUAACUGUCCAAUGGAUGCGGAUCCAUGAGCACUUCUUCCACUUGUGCUGUCAUCAGUUUUAGCAUUCAAGGACAAUUUUUUCAGCUAACUUGUGCAGGGUGAAGAGAUCUUUAAAACCAUACUAGAACGAACACAAUUCAGUCAAGAAGGCUAAUGAAAUUAAGGCAAAACCUUGUAACCCUGACCCGAAAAUUCCCAUGAAAAUCUUAUUCCACUACCCAUGUCCUACCUUUCCUUUCGUCUAAUCCUAAGAUCUUUAAAGUUUUCCCCAAAACUUUUCCUGUCACCAAAAUGCCCAGCAAAAGAAAAAAAAGAGGCAAGAAAAGUAAAAGAAGCUCAGGAGAGGAGAGAAAGCAAAAUGAAGAAGUAAAGACUGUAGAAAUUUUGCUUUCUGCGCAUACCCGAACUUUGGAAGCUAAUAUUUUGCAUUGGGAUCAAAAGGCCACCAAGUGUACAACCUGUAAACGGCUUUGUGGUUAGUUUUAGCUCUUUAUAGCAAGGCAGUGGCCAGAAAAUGGCUCGACUAGCCUUACAUUUAAAACAGCUUUUUUGGCGAAAUUUUCAGGGGGGUGAAUAGCUGUAUCUGAUCCUCACAGUGUAUAUACACAUUUUUGAACUUUUCUUUUACAGUGAGGGAACAAGAGAAACGCCAUCUCAUCGCUUUAGUGAUUUCAAGUUUAAAACGUACUCCCCAGUUGCAUUUAGGUGAGUCUCAUGUCCUCUUAAAUCACUUGCCAUGUGCUUACACAAUAAUUAUUUAUUGUUGUCAUAUUUAGGUAAAAUAUUAUAUGGUAUAUAUUCUUCUAUCAGACUAGUAAGAUUUAGUGUAAUGUGAUAUUGUGUAUAAGAAAAUAUUAUUAUUUACUUUCAUUUGUUAAUGGUGUAUUUUAUGGGGGUAGAAUGUACAUUGUAACUUGCUAGUUGUUGUAUAUUGACAUGUACUGACACAUAACUUGCUUCCGGGCUUGUUGCAGAGUUGAUGAUAACAACAUUAACGUUGAUUUUUGUUUUUACUUACAUGUCAGGACAGUGUUACGAUCAUAUACUGUAUUUUUGCAAGUAGUGUUUACUUCUUUGUGUGCUUUAUAGGUAUUUUCGUGAUUUAUUUGGAAUGAAUCCUGCAGAAUUUAUGGUACGUACAAGCAAGCACCUUAAAACACAUUUUAGUAUGCAGUUUAAAAAUAGAUGUGUCUCGUCCGGUAUUUCUUGAGUAGUAAAUAGUUAAAUGUCUGUUUAACUAUUGUUGGAAGCAAAAUGAAAAGCACAGGUCAACCUUUAGUGGCACCAACAGCUGUCCCAACACUGCUUGAGGUGCAUCUACACUGCACAUGUACUAGAUGAUGUUUAGAACUAUUGUCUGCAGUUAUUAAUUUUAUAAGGAAGUCUACAGUUAUUUUGUAACUGUAAUGUUUAUUGUUGCAGUACGCAGUCACAACAUCACAAUCAAUAUCUAAGUGACAAUUGUGAAACAAACAAUAGACAAAACACUUAACGUUUAUAAUUAUUUUGGUUCAAAAUGAAAUUUACCUGAGAAUGGUACAUUGUAGAUUAGUUUGAUCCUCAGUUUUCUAAUCGAGAGUGAUCCAAUUAGAUCAAUAAUCAAUGUUAUUGUCUCUUAACAAAGGAAAUUAAGAAUCAAACUACAAAAUACACUAUAAUUCUUGAAACCACUUUUAACCUGAAUUUCAUUUUGAACUUAGAAUAGUUACUUGUAGUUUGUGAAUACUUGUUAAUAUAUAAUAGCAAAGUGACUUCAUUAAUUUCUGUGGAAAUCUAUAAAUACAGUCAACUCACUCUAUUAUAAAGUCAGAGACCUUUUGGACUGGCAUGAUGUGUCUGUCGUAAAAGAGAGUCAACUAAAAGGAGUAAACAAAGGCAGGGACCAACCCUAGGUGUCCAUGCAGGUUAUAGAGGUGUCUGAUCUGCAGAGAGAGUUGAUUGCUCAGUAUUUUCCUCUGUGUCUUUCCAGAUGGCUCUCUGUAAUGAAUCACUUGUAGAACUUGCCAACUCUGGAGCAAGUGGCUCAUUAUUUUAUGUAACAAAUGAUGAUGAGUUUAUUGUAAAAACUGUACAACACAAGGAAGCAGAAUUUCUUCAGAAGCUUCUUCCAGGAUAUUAUUUAGUAAGUGUUGUCCAUUUUAUUAUCUUAAUACUUCAAAGCCUUUCUGAUGUGUAUAAUUUAAACAUACCAUGUAUUAUACAUGUACUGAUUUUCCCUUGUGGGCAGGGACAGGGAAGGGGAAGGGAAAGGGUGGUAAUACUGUAAGUGUAUGUAUGUGCAGCCAAAGAGGGUUCUAAUAUUAUAGGAAUUCCAUCUAGAAUGGGAUGUCAGUAUACGUUACUUUUCCAAGAACAGGGUUUGAUACCAGUAUUUUAUUUCAAACCCACUAAAGCUUUAGAGCAAGAGGGCCACUGUACAUCACUAAGAAUUGGCCUAUUUCUAGAAUGGGGUAUUAUUUGGAGUGCACUUUAAUUCUGAAACAUGGUCCAACUUUGGAGACAUGGGUGAAACGUACGAACCCAAAACUUACCCGAGUACCAACCUGUGGCUUUGUGGAGCUAAAACAAGGGGACAUUCCAGCUGAUAAAAUAAUUUAUAGACUGCAAGGAAAUUCAUAAGCACAUGUAGGAGGAAUAUUAUUAUCCAGUGAUUUAAGAUCUGAAUAGGACUGUGAGUUGUAGAAAGUGACUGUAACCUUUGUGGUAGCCAUGAGCCUCUGAAUGGAUAUUUCCGAGCGGAACUGAAGUCACAACGAUCACUAUUGAUGUUCAGCGAUGAUCUCAGAGAUUAAAGUGACUAUCGCAUUGCUAUUUCAAUCAAGUUUGACAAUGUUAGCUGUACAAUGAUGGCAAAGAAACCAGUCAAAAAAUGUGGUGCGUGUUCAGAGUUUUUGUUUUGCUUAUUUUAUAGUUGCGCUGAGCUUGCUUGUAGCAUUACCAUGUAAGAAAAUUUUUGAUAUGCAACAAUUUGCGUGCAAAACAGACAAUUUGAUGAGAAACAUGCAACAAAAUGGACGUCGGCAGUUACCCAUGCAGAGGCCCACUCAUUCAGAAACAGCACUGUGAUUACAGCACAGGUUGUGGAAAUGUCAGUAACUGUCAAUGACAGGCCUAUUCAUGACUUUACUAACCUGGAUGAUUAUAUUCCCCCUGUAAUGACUCCCCGGGUUCAAACCAUUCACUGUUUUACCAAGGAAUUUUGUCAUCUGAAAAAAAAUAUAUGUUGUGCUGUUUUCAACCUUUGUCAUAAUUUUUACUUGUGGUUGUGGCAUAGUUUGUCUCAUGUGACAGAAUCAGGUGUGAAUUUGUUGCAAAAGUUUUUAAGUUUAUAAUUUACUAUUUUCUUUUUGCAGAAUUUAAACCAAAACAAAAGAACACUGUUGCCAAAGUUCUUUGGCUUGUACUGUUAUCAGGUAAUGAAUUUUUUUUAAAUUUAAUAACUGUUUAUGUGUAAAAACAGUCAUGUUGUUGUAGUGGUACAUGUAAACCCCUUUAGUGCCAUUACAGACCUCCUCAACUUAAACAUGUUCAACUUGAAUUUCGAUGUAUAGUGUGAAAAUAAUGAUAAGAUUUGUUUUCUUUUUCUUUUUCAACAGUGUGGAGGGAAGAACAUAAGACUAGUGAUAAUGAAUAAUCUUCUACCAACAGAUUACAAAAUUCAUUUCAAAUAUGAUCUGAAGGUACUUGAUUUUUCAGUAUUGUACUCUUUUGUACUUGUCUUGUGAUUACACUAGAUGAGAAAUCCCACUAGGAUAGGCUUCACAUCUUUGACAAGUUACCUGUGCUGGUGUGCAAAUGGGACUAGAUAAGUUGAGGAAACUUACUUAAAACUCUUUCAAACAUUAUCUUUCUGUUUAUCCACCUGGGUCAGUGACCUUUUUGAGUCAGUGAUCAUCAUCAUGUCACAUUAAAAGCAGAAACCCAGCAAAUCCAUUACAAGAAUAAUUUGCAUGUUCUAAUUUUUACCAUGGUACUGUACUUGUGUUAAUGAUUUGAGUUGUUGUGGUUCAGGCUUUUUAGGGGAACUUGUUGUAUUCCCUGAGUGCCAUUUCAUUUAUAUUGGUCAUUUUAGUCAUAUUACGUCCAUUUUUGUAACAAUACAGUGGAAGUCAGUCUGGAUCUGUUCCUUGUUAACUUAUCUUGAACAGAAUAAAUUGGUUUCCUGAAGUAUCAAAUGCAUCAUGGGAAUGUUACUAAUGGUGCACUAAUUGAUCGAACUCUGGAAUAAGAAUAGACAAAAGUUUUGUUAAAAAUCCUUUGUGCGAUAAUCUUUGGACCCUCUAAACGCUACAAACAGUGCAAUAUUUAAUUUUAAUCAGAUUUCUAGAUUUUGCAAUGCAACGAACACAAAAUAAUGAUUUCUAGGGUUUAUGCCAUUUAUUUGUGAUAGUGUUCCGGAAUACAGUCAAUUGAACAUGCCCUAAGUUGUCAACUAAAAUUUCUUUGUUAACAGGGUUCCACAUACAAAAGAAAAGCAUCCAAGGCUGAACGUGCAAAGGAAACACCUACACUAAAAGACUUGGAUUUCUUAAAUGAUCACCCAGAGGUACAUGUACAUGUAACUGUAACUUGCAGGCAUUUGUAAUAUUUCAACAGGGAGCCUUCAUUUCUAAGCUUGAAAAAACCUACCUUGUGUAGAAGUAAUAAUCUUGUUUUAUGCAAAAUUUAUUUGUUGUAGAAAAGCUGUUGAAGGUGAUGAAAACAGUGUUGAUGACAAUGUUAAUGUUAGGUCUCAGUGGUAAAUAAUAUUAUACAUGACAUUGUAUUCAAAAGUUACCUUAUUAAUUUUAACUUCUCUGAGGCAUAUAAAUUUUUUACCUCAAGAGUAACAAUUAAUAUUUUAGUGUUCACUCAAGUCUUUUUACCUAGGAGAUGUAAAGAAAACAAACUGUUAACUUCCUAUCUUUCUUUUUAGGGACUUUUCCUUGAACCUGACACAUAUAAUGCUGUAUUGAAGACAAUACAAAGAGAUUGCAGGGUAUUUUAAGUGCAUUAUUGUCUACGUAUUCCUAUCUGUGUCCACUUCACUGUAGUUUUAGUAAGAACUGGUAGAUGUACUUUUAUUGUUAUCAAACUACAGUUCUUCCUUUUCCUCGCCCCCCGCCCCCAUCCCCAGAGAAAAAAAAAUAAGAAUCAGGUCUUCAAAUCUUCAAAAGGUGGAUAAUGUCAUCCACUAGAUCUCUAUUAUUGGUUUCCUGUAAUACUUAUUUGUUGGAUAUCCAGGGGAUAGCGUUAUCUAACGUUUGAACAAUUGGGACCAACUGUAUUGUAUUGCGGUCUGAUUAAUGCUUAAGAAUGUUUUACAUGUAUAUGCAUUCGGCUUAUGCUGGCUUUGUUAAGAAUUGUUUUGUUGUCUAAAAGGAAUAGGCCAUAACAGUACAAUCAAAACUUCUGCUGAAUGGCUACCUCUUCAUAUUGGCCACUUAAACAUGUACCUUAAUUGUUCCCCCAAAGUGGGCGUUGUUAAGAGGUUGUAUUAUGUCUGCCUUUUCUAUUCCCAAACUUUAAAGAAAUUUGCUUGGGUCUGUUGCUUUUGUUUUCCAGGUACUGCAAAGUUUUAAAAUCAUGGAUUAUAGCCUUCUUCUGGCAAUUCACAAAAUAGAUGAGCCUGGACGCCCACGAGUUAAACGGUCAAUGAGUGAACCAUCAACUGAUAUGCCAAUGAAGCCUGACUCUCCGUCAGGUCUCUUAUCCCCUGGCCCUGAUGAUGCACCAUCCAAUGGACAGCAGCAGCAGCAGGAAACUACAGCAAGCAGUCCAGGUUAGAUUCAUUCUGCACACAUCUCUGCAACUCUGCACAGACUUGCACCAGUAUGGUGAUGAGUACAAAAGGGACUCAUAUCCUGUGAUAGUUCCCACUUUUUAGAAACAAGAAAGGAGCUGGAUCCGAAAUACAUCCUGCAUUAUUUCUGGAAUUGUUACUGGGGACGUGCCAGUCAGCAAACUGCCGAGAAGGAGGCAGCGUGGCUGAGUGGUUAGAGCGCAGGACUUGCAAUUCGAAGGCCCCGAGUUCAACUCCCGCUCUAACUGCUCGCUGGAUUUGUUUACGAUAGUUCCCAGCUCAAAUCCUCGCCCACGCUUUUCAUUAGCUUCCAUUUGUUUUAUUGUUGACUCACUCAGACAAGCGUUUCUUCAGUCACAAGUUAACAAUUUUAAUUAAUUAAUAAAUAUAUUAUUCAUUUAUCUAUUUAUUUAUUAUGUAGAGGGUGUUCGACGACCGCUGGCACGUGCGAGGAGUUUGAAAGGAAGAGAAGGCUUUAGUUCAGCUUGGGAAGCGAUCACUGUAGAAGACGAUGAAACAGAGGAGAGGCCGUAAGUAAAGACCAGCCUAAAGUCAAUAACCCUCUGUAUUAAAAGCCCACAGUACAGUAGACGUUAAUGUCUCGAUGUUUUUCUUUUUUCAGGGUUGGAGGUAUUCCUGCUCGUAACGCAAAAGGCGAAAAACUUCUUUUGUUUCUCGGAAUUAUAGAUGUAUUACAAAGUUACAGGUAAGAGGAGUGUAUUCGUGAAUAUUUGUAAGUUGCAACUAAUUUUGUAGUAGUAUGGGGUGCGCUGAAUUGUCCUUAGCUAUAUGAGUUUAUUGCUGUAAUGCUGGAUAAAUCGGAGCGCCCGCACCACUUGACUUGACGUGACUUGUUAAUUUCGUUAACAGAAUAGUAAAGAAACUAGAACAUGGUUGGAAAUCUCUGGUCCAUGACGGGGUAAGAAAUUUGAAUUUAGUCGAGUCUAAUUUGUCUGUACUCAUUUUGUUUGUUAUGACAUCUGUAAAAAGGAACAUUACCUAAUACACAGACCUGCAGCCCAUAUUUGCUACAAAACUUAGGAAAAUACUGUCAUAGUUAAAACGUCGUAUUCAGUAAAAAGUGAAAAAGGUUUUUGUAGCUUUUUAAGGGUUAACCAAUCAAGUGCACUCCUCAUAGGGUGAUAGUGCAGCGCGGGUAGUAAUGCCAAACAUCAAAAUAUUUCUUUUUCGUUUAGCACCAACCCACCUGUUGUUAAAGAGCUACAAGUUUUGAUUGGCUCUUUGUAUCGUCGAUGUUUGUUUUGAUUGGCUGGAAUCAUAGCCUUACUUUCUUCCACUCAGUCAAAUGAAACCUAAUAUAGAGCUUUUUUACAUGACGUCACAGCCGCUAUAUUGGCGCACCUAAACAAAGAAAAGUUGGCCAUAUAAAUGAAUCAAUCCAAUCCUGUGGGGAAGUGGGGAUUGAACUCUUUUCUCAUGUAAACCGUUUCGUUUUGUACCAUUCUCUAUUUUUGAGUCCCCAUAAUGCACUCUGCUUGUCCCCCCACCCCCUCCCCUCCAAAAAAAAAAUCUUGCAUAAGCUAUUGUCUUCAAAUGCUCCUGGGAGGAUUAAAUAUUCCCAAGAACAUUUGAAAAACAAUAAUUUAAGCAAACUUUUUUAUGGGGGGUGGGGGAUUCGAAAAUAGUUAGAAGCUGUGGCCACAUUAGUGAAAAACGCUUUAUUUUUAUCGUUAUUUAAUCAUAAUCGUUUUUUUCUUUUUGCAGGACACAGUUUCUGUCCACAGACCGUCCUUUUACUGCAAUAGAUUCCAAGACUUUAUGUCCAAUCGCGUGUUCAAGAAACUGCCAGGUUCGCGUUUCUCCCAGAACUUGAAACUUUUCAUCUAGAGUCCUAUAAAACACAUGAAAACCCCUCUUAUAUUCUACCUAUCCAUAGAAAACUCCUGUAAUCUCAGAAUUGUGUUGGACAAAUGUUGCAAAAGUUUUAGUGGAAGUUUGGAGACUGUUAAACGUUUUACCUUGGAAUUUAAUUAACCAGUUACAAACGUUUAUAAAUAGCAGUAAAAUAUUCGAGUGCUGGCUUCUAGAAUUGUAUCAGUAUAAGAUUUUUAGAAACUGCUGACUAACUCCCUCCCCCGGACCUAGCUGAAGUUGGUGUUAACGUUUCGAUGGGAAGGGGGGAGGGGUAAGUGGGUAUAGCAAAAGUUUAAAGAGACACUGACCAUUGCCCACUCCACAGAACAAUAUGUAACCAACGAUAGUUGCCAACACCAAUAACACCCCAAAGAAAGCCCCGUUCUUUUUUGAUUACUGAUCCUCUUGUUUUCAGCCAAAGCUUCCCCUCGGAAGCGAAAUGUCGGCGCAACUGCAUUGAACCGUGUUCGAUCCAUGACUGAGCAAGACCGCGCUCAACGGGAAAGAACGCUUACUAGUGACAGUGUGACAUCCGACAAGGGAAAAGCACGAUCGUUCACGGAAGCCGACAAAAACCACGAAAAAACAGCUUUCAAGAGACCUUCACAGGACAAACGGAGGCCUUCUGAAGAUAACAACCUCGAGAAAAAAGUGGUUGUUGUUGGUAAGUGUAACGGAGCUUCAUGCACGCCACUGUAUUGAGAUUUUUUGCGUUAACAUAAACCCCUUUAUAAAAUCCCCCCAAAAAGCAAGCCAAGCAAAGCAAAGAAGUAGUUUCCUGCAGUAAAAACUUCAUAGAGAUUCCUUUUUUUGCCUCGCGAUCUCUAAUAUUGGGUUAUGGCGUUUUUAUCAUUUUGUGCCAUCGUAACGUUUAGUAUAACUUUGUCGGACAUUUCAUGUAAGGUUUAGACAUCAACAUCGUCAACAACUGACAACAAUUACAACAGCAAUGUUUUGGCGCUGUAAUACACAAUUUGCAAUCGUCAUCUGGUGCUGAUAAACUAAAAUGACUUCAUGUGCUCAGGUUUCUAUGAUUAAUCUAUCCAAGUAAGUUAGUGUAUUUGAAUUACAGAGACAUUAUUAGCCACUCUGGUAAAUGUAUGGACCAGCUUCUUAACGAAAUAAAGGAAAUUGAUAUAAUUAAUAACUGGGGUUGAGAUUCAUUAUGUAUUAGAAGGUAAAGUAAGAAGUAAACUAAGAGUUACGGCAGUCAGAAGUGAAAUAAAAGAAAUGGUUUAAGCGGAUUUAUACGCGCAGCUUGAAGAUUACUAUUCCUUGUCUGUAGUCCUUUGAAGCAAGGUUAUACGGGCAAUUGUAUGUUGCUAUUUGUUUUUUGCUAAUCCUUGACCCAUUAUCAUAAAAAUCAGGUUUCUGUUCUUUAAAGAUUUUAACUGAACCAGGCCUACACACGAUCCGGCACUCCUCACUGGUUGGAGUCGUAAUGGUUUUUGCCUUUAUUAAAUUCUUACCUAUGUAAUCAGUUUGUUUUCGUGGGUGAAUAUGUCUCAUCAUAUAAUCACUGUAUUAUCUCAAUUUAUAGCCAAUAACACUUUUUACUAUUAUUUUUCAAUCAGAUCCAAAAGAUACUUCUGUGGCAGAGGGGGAAUCACAUUCGUCUGAAUCGUCACCUCAAACAGUCAAACAGGAGACUGUAAGUAACAUUCCUCAAACAAACGAUCACGUGACCGAUACCGCUGAACAGCCAGCACCGACGGCGCCUAGUGAAAAUCACGAACUUUCAAAUGAAGCGACCCAAGAUACAACAGGGGAAGAUAAAACAGAAGAUGUUAAUUCGGAAAUUUUAUCCACAGGAAGCAUUUCUGUGGACAUUGUAGCGAACGAUGAUACAUCGAAUCUUACGAAUGAUGAAUUAUGAGGUUGUCCUACCACGUAGCUUUCCUCUUAAAGAAAGAAAAAAUGCUCAUUUAAUUCACUGAAAUUCUCUUUAAAUGGAUAUAAUUACAAAUAUGGCAACGAUGUAUAUUUUUGAAGAUCAGAAUAUUAGUUAGUAUAUUUUACCAUAGAGCUAGAAAUAAACAUGAUGUGCUAUGUAAUGGGGAAAAAGUAAUAAACACGAGGCCUGACAGUAGAAUUGUACAUUGUUGUUAAAUGGUCAGGUUUUUCAGUGAGGUAGCCUGUAGUGGUAAUUAAUGCAGGAGCAAGGGAGAAAAUUAACGAUGCUGGGUGCUUUAUACAAAGUUAUGGCAGAUUGUUGUGCUGUGGAUAUUUGACCUGACUAUUACACAGACAUACUACAGGACUGCGUUUCACAGACUUAAAAGCUGUGAACAACAUUAUCCAGGAAGAUAAAGAAGGUGACAGAUAAAUACAACAAUUACUAUUUGCAUAGUUAUAUUCAUGCCUGCAUGUGACUUUCCCUCCAAAAGUCUAGCGGUAGCUUUGAUAAAUGGACAACUCUGGAAGUAGGUGUAACACUAUCUAAAUUCAAUUUGGACAUUAAAAAUUAAAAGACGUAAUGAGGUUUGGAAUGAGGUGGAAAUUUCAUCUGGGAGUUGAGUUAGUUUAAACUAGCUACCAGGGCUACACAAAAUCAAACCACUGAAGGUUUGAGUUUGUGGCCUCCCUUCAGUCAACAAUGUCAGUUCCGAUAGUUUUGACUCUAAGGGGUUACCUGGAGACAUCAGAGGCAUUCGACAAUAACGUGUUAGAUAAACUUGAAUAAAAUAGAAGACAGCUUUAAUAGUGAGAAUGUUAGAAGUUUAGUGGUGUAACAUUAACUGAGGUGUUAAUGUAAGCUAUAGGUAAGAGGGAAAAAAAAACCUUUAACAUUCACUACGUACACUUUUACAACUUAAAGCCUCUUUUUUGUCACAAUAUCUUUUUUCAUUAACGUUGCUAAUGACACAAAUACAGAGAUGUAAUAGGUGAA